ACAGCCACAGCUUAAAGAGCGAGGGUUGCCUAAGACUGAUUCUUCUAGAGACAAACCUUUAGCCACUGCAAAUCACUUCCAAUCAACAGGGGAGAUGUACGGACAUAUGUGGGGUCUCGAUCGACGCUGAGACUUGUAACGUUUGACCCAAAUCGGAGACUGAGCCAUGGGGAGACUCCACUUUGACUCGGACUGCUGAGGCACUUGUACGACUUAAAUGCAGAGACAGGAUGGGAAGUCUUAAGGACGAGAUGAGAGGUUUCAGAGAGGACCACCAGCCUCACGACAAGACAGAUGAGGGAGAGCGUUCAGGUGGCUCGGAUGACGGCGCCGUGCCAGAGGGAGCUCUGUUAAACACAAGUCAAGAGUCAUCAACCCGAGGGGACCAUCAGCCAAAACAACACACGAACACCAGCCCCGCUGAGGAGGGAGGUGAGAGCCCGACAUCCACAGAUCAAGUGCUUUCAGGGGAGGAUAGAGACAACCCUGACUCAACACAAAUUAAAGACUGCACACAGACCGAUAGCACCGCUCCGACACAACAACCUGAAGCUGAUGAAACAACCGCUCAUCCUACAAACAUGACAAUCUGUACCAAGUCCCUGAAGAAUGGAGAUGCAGACAUGCAGAGGGAAAAGUCGGAGGAUGGUAGUGUAGGUCCGGACAGAGAAAGAGAGCCAGAAAUUCUGACUAUCCUGGUGCCGUCAGCCACAGACCCCUCCAACCCUCUUUCUCCAGACCCACGUUCCCCAGCUCCUCCUGGACAGCAACACAUGCGCACGCAGGUGAGCCUGGAGGUCGUCCAGUGUCGCUCUGCAGCCACAAGCCCCAUGACUCCUCCCGACGGCGUCCACCCCUUCUUCUUCCCAAUCUCCUUCGGGGGAUCCGGAGCUGUGGGCUCUGACACAAAAGACGCCGAGCUACAGGUGGGUCAGCAGGUGGAGUUCUGCUCCGUUGCCACGUCCCCCAUGACCCCAAAGACGCCAUCGACCACCGCUUUCCCCGAACUGAUCGGGAGGGAGAUGGUGCAGAGGGGGGAGCCAGUGAAAGGAUCAGGGGAGCAGAGGGAGAGCGGCACACAAGAGAGUUUCCCUGUGACAAGAAGUCUGACCGGAGCUGAGUCAGAGAUAACCGCAGCUUUUAAAUGUGCCACAUCAACCGAGCUGAAUGACGGCUCCAGCUCUGCCGGCCGCACACAGUCACAAGUUACUGUGGCUGAUAGUGAUCAGCAGAGAAAGCAGCAGAGGAUGGGAAGCAUGGAUCAGGACAUUACAAUCCUGGUCACCCACUACAGCAACAAUGAGGAGGAAGACGAAGAGAAUAAUGAGUUAUGUUCUUACUCCAUUGAGCAAGAGAUGGUCAAGAUAGAUGAAUAUGAGGAACAAGGUGAAAACAAGAGCGAUGGAGAUGAGAAGAUCUCCACAGAGGUUGAUGCUCCUGAUCAGAAUCCCCCUCAAAGCACAGCUGCAGAAUCAUCUGCUCCUGCCAGUGGACAACCAAUAACCAAUAUGAAACCUGACAGUUCAGAGGGCAGAGAAAAUAAAGAUGUAAGUGACGAGUCUGUGACAAAACCUCCCGUCCCUGAAUCUCCAGCUCCCUUCGGCUGCCAUAGCAUCUGCACACAGGUGAGCCUGGAGGUGGUGCAGUGUCAGUCUGCAGCCACCAGCCCUAUGACCCCUCCUGAGGGGGACUUUGCCUUCUACUUCCCAAGCUCUAUUGGGAGAUGUGGGGCUGUGGGUGCAGGGACUAAAGAUGCCGAGAUGCAGGUGGAUCAACAAGUGGAGUUCCGUUCAGUCGCUACAGCGCCCAUGACCCCGAGAACGCCCACCACCACCACGUUUCCCGAGGUCAUGCAAAAGGCACGUACGGAGGAGAAGAUAGUGGAGGAGGUAGAGGUUAAAGACGAGCAGGUUGAGAGAGAGGUAGAAUGUAAAGAGGAGGAGAAUAUAACUGAAGAGAAGAAAAAGGAAGCAGAAGAAGACGAGGACCAAACAGAAUCAAUAAACUGUCAGGAGAAGGAUGAGGAGAAUUGUGAGGAGCCGGUGCAGGAGGUGAGCUGGGACGAUAAAGGGAUGACGUGGGAGGUGUAUGGGGCUGUGUUGGAAGUGGCCGUGCUUGGCUCAGCCAUCCAGAAACACCUGGAGAAGCAGGUGAAGAAGCAGAAGCCGUCCAUGCCGCCCCCGCCUCCCCUCAACCCCUCGGCCAUGCCCCCCUCAGAGGCCUCCCAGGGCGGGUCGGGCUCAGGGUCGGGCAAAGGCCGGGCCGGGAAGAGAGGGAGUCGGGACGGGAAGGGGAGUCGACGCCGGAGAAACCCGUUCCGUCAGCUGAUGGAGAACAUGCAGCAGCCCCACUGCUGCUCCCGAGCUCACACCAACGAGUGACACGAGGACGAAGCGACAGCUGUCUGCGGGGAAGAAAAAACACGUGACAUCUGGUCGGUGUGGCUGUGAUGCUGUGAACAUGGUCUUGAAAAUGUGAGAAGAGAAUCACGUCCUCACACAAGACAAAAAGCCCAAACGUAUUGAAUACACACGUCAGCCAUUCAAGGGUUGUUUUCAUUCCUCUUUUUCACAGUUUUUCUGGGACUUUGUAAAAGUGAGGGUUUUAUGUCAUCGUUAGCUUUUAUUCCUUCUCGUGUUUUUCACCAGGACCUUUCAAUCGUCCACUGAGUCAUUUUAGCUUCUUCUUUUUAUGCACCUCAGACAAUGUGAUGCCAUGGCAACCAGUGAUCCUUCUCCUAGUUGCCAACAAGCUCAGCACUGAACAGCGUCGACAGAGGCAGAGACGUCUUCAGAGAGGCAGCUUAUGAUUGUGAUUGAUGACCUCCUGCUCCGUCAGCAUGCUCUCUGGGUCGUUUAAUUUCAGACAUGUGGAUAUUUGAAUUUCUCAAAAUGUUGCUUUGUGUGUGAGAGUAGUCCCUACCAUCAUCGCUGGCUUUUUGUAUGACUUAUAUUCCGCUUUUAGAUUCAGCACAAUGGCUUGUUUUUAUUAUGAACGAAGCAUAGAAUUGUACUGGUGACGAGCACAAUCAGGAUCAUUUUGGAAAAGCAAUGACUCAUGUUGUUAAAACUUUACUGUAUUUUAAUGCCAUGGCGAGUGAUUCAGUUGUAAAGUUUGUGAUGAAACUGUGUUUUUGAUUCAGAGGAUGUUACAGUGUCAGUGAUGAUGGUGUUCAUACAUUAGUGGGCUGAAAUCCACACUGGAAGAAAAUGCUUUUAUUCACAUAUUGCACUAGUAAUACAUUCAUUUAGAUGUCAGUGAAAUUAUCCGUUCAAUCUGCUGCUUGACGUCACAAAGUGUCACUGCAUGAGGUUUCGUUUCUGCAACAAGUGUCUUGAACCCGGAGAAAAGUCUUUUAACAGAACGUUCCUGAGGUCCAACCUUGAGGCUGACAUGCAGGAUUUCAUUCAUACAUGAUGUUAGAUUCUUAUGUGUACCUCUUGUUUGAUUUUCUUUCUGGGAGC